ACGGCCUUAGGCCAUAUUCAUAUCUAAUAAAAAAGAAACGUCAUCAAUUCGCCAUCCAACAUCCAAUUUUUAAUAUUCGGUUUUCCGUUUCUGCUCAUGUUUGGUGAUUGAUAUCUUGGUGAAAUGAUAUCCACGCGAAAACUAUCAACGUACCCGAAACUCUUCAGGGUAAUCACACCCGAAGGCUUGAAGUCGAAAACGAAGAACGCCAGCUCACAGCAUUGGCUUUCCAGGCAACUAUCGGAUCCAUAUGUUGAAAAGGCACGAAUGUUGAACUACAGAUGCCGAAGCGCAUUCAAGCUGAUUGAAAUCGACGAUAAAUAUAAAAUCCUUCAGCCAGGACAUGUCGUUCUCGAUGUGGGAGCUUCUCCAGGUUCUUGGACACAAGUAAUAGUACAGCGAAACAACUCAAAUGGGUCUAGUAAGGAUUUACCUACUGGAAUAUCGGUUGCCAUAGACAAACAGCAAAUAUACCCCAUAGAUGGUGCCACAAUUCUUGGUAACAUGGAUUUCACAGAUCCAAUUUCUCAGAAGCUGUUAUUGGAUCAUCUGGGAGGGAGAAAAGCUGACGCCAUUGUAUCUGACAUGGCACCAAGUGCAACAGGAAUGCGUCAACUGGACACUGAGAACAUAAUCAAACUCUGCUACAGUGUUUUGAGGUUCGCCUUGCAAGUCUCCAAACCUGACGGCUCGCUAUUGGUGAAGCUGUGGCAGUGCCAUGAGCUGAAGAAACUGGAACUCGACAUGGCACUGUUCUACGGCAACGUGAAAAUCGUGAAGCCGCAAUCGAGCCGAUCGGAUUCGGCGGAGAUCUUCUUGUUGGGAAGGCGUUUCAAAGGAGCGAAACCGAUCCAGCAAGGAACGGCGCCUAAAUGAGAUCGGAUUCGUUUGGAUGGGAGCUGGCUGAUGCGAUGACUGUCUGAAAAAGAGUUCUGGAACUUCUGUGGUCAGAGAAUGAAGAAGUUAUACGUAUCAUUGUUCUUUUGGUUCCUUAUUAUUUGGACUUUCCGGAGAUUUUGUGUAGUUUUUGUUCACUUGGUUUUUCUCUGUGCGUUUGGAAAAUUUCAGACACCUUUUUUCUGGGAUAUGAAAAUAUAUUAGAUGUUUAUGAUAUAUUCAUGAAACAUUUGUUUAAAAUGUUUCAAAAAAUUCCAUGUA